UCUCUGGAUGCCCUUAGAGGCCAGAAGAGGGCAUCAGCUCCCCCUGGAAUCCGAGUGCCCACAGUGGCAAACUGCCAGAUGUGGAAUCUAGGAACCAAAUUCUGGUCCUUUGAAAGAGUAACAAGUUAACCACUUAUCCAUCUCCCAGACCCUCACCUUGUGACUCCUGCUGCCUAAAAAUGAAACAAAGUAUCCCUGCAGAAAUGGCAGCUUUAGCUGUGCAAACAAGGUGCCUUUGGCUGUGUGAAGUUGUGGGAAAGGAUCUGGGACGAUGUCUGGGGAAGUGCCACCCAACAUUAACAUCAAGGAGCCUCGAUGGGACCAGAGCACAUUCGUUGGCCGAGCCAGUCACUUCUUCACAGUUACCGAUCCCAGAAACAUCCUUCUAACAGACGAACAGCUAGAGAAUGCGAGGAAAGUGGUGCAUGAUUACAGACAAGGAAUCAUUCCUGCUGGCCUCACAGAAAAUGAGCUAUGGAGAGCGAAGUAUGCGUAUGACUCGGCCUUCCAUCCUGACACGGGCGAAAAGAUGACUCUGAUAGGAAGAAUGUCAGCCCAGGUCCCGAUGAACAUGACCAUCACGGGCUGCAUGAUGACCUUCUACCGGACCACACCAGCUGUGCUCUUCUGGCAGUGGAUAAACCAGUCCUUCAAUGCCAUUGUCAACUACACCAACAGAAGUGGUGAUGCUCCCCUCACUGUGAAUGAGCUGGGAACGGCUUAUGUUUCUGCGACAACUGGCGCUGUGGCGACAGCCCUUGGACUCAAUGCCUUAACCAAGCGUGUCUCACCACUGAUAGGACGUUUUGUUCCCUUCGCUGCUGUAGCUGCUGCUAACUGCAUUAAUAUCCCGCUGAUGAGACAAAGGGAACUCAAGGUUGGUAUUCCUGUCACUGACGAAAAUGGCAUUCGGUUGGGGGAAUCGACGAACGCAGCAAAGCAAGCCAUCACGCAGGUGGUCAUCUCCAGGAUCCUCAUGGCAGCCCCGGGCAUGGCCAUUCCUCCAUUUAUCAUGAACACCUUGGAAAAGAAAGCCUUUUUGAAGAGGUUCCCGUGGAUGAGUGCGCCCAUUCAAGUCACGUUGGUUGGCUUUUGUUUGGUGUUCGCCACCCCGCUGUGCUGUGCUCUGUUUCCUCAGAAGAGUUCCAUGUCUGUGACAAGCUUGGAGGAUGAGUUGCAAGCCAGCAUCCAAAGGAAUCAUCCUGAAAUACGACGUGUGUACUUUAACAAGGGCUUGUGAAGCCAAGAUCAAGUGCCGGAGGCCAGAGCCAUCUGUGAGCCUCCUGAAGCCACUACAGUGAGGACAUACGUGUGCCAGGGCACUCCCAGCUACAGACGCCUCUGCAAGAUCUGCGUUAGAGUCAAGCUGCUGGUCAGGAGCCUGGCAGUAGAAUCAUGUUGUAAUUUACAAAAAAAAAUACCCUUCUGGUAGAUUUUAAUGACACCAUUUUUUUCCUAAGCCCCCACCGUAAGCUUUCAAAAGCACUGGUAGGCAUAGCAAAGACGCUCCAGUUACACACUCAGUAAACAAUGGUUGUCAAUCAUUGGAAAGGUUACCUGCUCAACUACCAGGUUCAUUUUCUAUUUCUCUUCCACAGAGGUCUCAGCAAUGAACUGGGAAAACACUAAAGAUCUAAGACUAAAUAUCCAAAUUUAAAUACUAAGGAAACUUUGUCUCCAGUUUGGCAAUGGACCCGUCCAAAGUGCAACCUCAAUUAAAAAAAAACUGAGGUUCAGAACAUCAACACUCCAUACGCCUUCCUGAAGUCAGCCUUAGAUCAGGGGAAAUGACUUUCCAUGCAGUCCUGGUUUCUCUUGGUUAACUCUUCAACUUGUUUAGUGUUCUUAAAAUAUUAAUCUUACCUCAUGGUACUUUAAUCAUAAAUUUCCAUCAAAUAAUUAACUGAAAUGUACAAAUGCCAGGUUUUAGGAGUAUAUUCAGUACCAGUGCAAUAUGGCAUUGACUGUGUGACUGGUUUUUUUUUCAGAAGUGAAACCAUAGUCCCUGUAUGCCUUUUUUUUUCUUUUCCUUUUUUUUUUUUUCUUGUUGCCAUCCUUGUAGAAUUCUUCCGCUUUCAAGAAGAUACAAAGAAACUACAUAAACUAGUCCAGCAUCUGUGAACACUGCUGCGUUUCACCCUGUGUGAAGACCACAAAGCUUGAUGGCAUGUCAACAUCUCUGUAGUGAUUUUUACAUGUGAUGUAUUCGGUGUAGCUGAGGUCGAUUUGGAAAUCUGUGGCUGUUCCAUGUCAUAGACAAGUCACUUGUUACACUGAGUGACAAUCAUUGUUAAUUCAGAGAUUUGUACGUGAAAAAACAACCACAAAAAAAAAAAAAAUAAGAGACUCUCUAGUUUCUGUAGAUUCUUUUUCCCAAUAAUGUUUCCAGAUCAAAUUUCCUCGUAAAGAAAAAAUGGUGUGCCUUGUGUCUGUGCUUCUCUCUCUAAAAGGAUGGAUGAAUCUGAGGCUCUCAGUUCUCCCCUAUGCUGCUGGAAUCUUCUACAGAGCUGACUGCCAAACUACCUGAAAUGCAGUGUCUCCCUGCGACACUCUGGCCUCGGAUGAGCCUCGCUGUCUUCAGUGCUUCUGUUUAAAUGGUGGUGAGAGCCUGGAGUUCAAGGCAGAGUCCACAGGUGCUUAAAGGAUGCUUUCAGAAGAAGCUGAAGGCCUUGAGGUCUGCCCACCCAGCCGAGCUCAGAGUCCUUGCCCCAGUGUGUGUGUAGCUCUGAGGAUGUGAAGUAGCUAGUUGGGAGAUGGACACCCAGUGUCAGCCCAGGCAGUGAGAAAUGUGCAGUAGACAUGGAGCUGGGCUCUUUUAAAUUUGUUUUGUGAAGUUUUGGUCUCUUAAUGCUUUUGUAUAGGAAUACUCACUGUGGUUUAAUCAUGAUUUAUAAAAAAAAAAAAAAAGAACAAAUGAACAAAAAUUGGCAAUCUUUGCUGAUCUUCUAAAAAUACAUUUUUUUCCUGAAGAAAAAAGCCACGUGAAGUGCAACAAGGUUGUGCAGUGACUUCUUGAUAUUUCUCUGACGUGAGAUAGAAUUGUGUGUGUGUGACUGGCUAGAAGCUAUCAGUAUUAGUGAGGUCUAUUGCCAAUAUCAGAGUCAUGUGAUUUCAGUUAAACUGGAUGAACUGUCAAAUAAAUAAAUGCAGAAUGAAAAUAAA